AUGCCUCCGAAGAACGUUAAAAAGGACCCAAGUAGUGGCAAGUCGAGCGCUGCUCAGCGUACCAAGGAGAAUGAAAAAGUCUCGAUAGAAGAUUUGCUGUUCCCACGUAGCACCAUUGUCAAUCUAGCCAAAGAGUGUUCUGUGCAAGGCGCGGACGUGGGCGUCGCUGAUGAAGAACAGAAAAAGGUCAUUUUGUCCAAGGAUGCAGUGACGGCCCUCCAGAGAUCAGCCACUGUCUUUGUAAAUCGGUUGAUGAUAUAUGCCCGCAACGUGUCGUUAUACCAAGGCAGGAAAAGCUGUAACGUGGACGACAUACUCGAAGCCCUCAGGCAUUGUGGACUUGAGGGGCUGACUGGUCUAGUGAGAGAGAGACUAGAUGAGUACCAGCAUGCUUUGGAGAUGAGGAAGCUGGAGAAAAAGGAGGGCGUCGCGAAGGAGACAGGAACGCUCCAGAAGGAACCAACUGACAACGAAAUUGAAACUGUAGAGCAAGAGGCGGCCCAAGAUGAACCCAUUGACGGUGCUGAGACAGAACCAGAAAGCACUAAGAAACCUCGACUCCAGCAAGAAUGA